GGUAAAUGAAUACCACAAGGGUACGAACACUCCACGCUCAGUUAUAAACCCCUAUAGGAAGACGAAGAAACGAUAGAAGUGAAGACUGUUCAUUACAUUUGAGUGGAAAUGAAAUGAAGGGAUGUAUUUUAUAUGUUUGGUCGAGUUGAUGUUAACACUGGUUAAUUGAUUUUUUUUUAGAUGAAGGGAUGUAUUUUAUAUGUUUGAUCGAGUUGAUGUUAACAGUUGUACACUGUUAUAACAGAUUAGCUCAGAUAAACUCUGUAGAUGGCUUCCUAGAUAUUUGUAUGGAUGGAGUCUAUCAGAAAAAGUCUCCGGGAGCUGGAGAAUUGUAUGGACAGUGUUCUGAGUGGAAGAAGAAAAAUUGUUGUUAUGAAAACACAACUAAAUCUUUACAGAAGCUAGAACGUUGGCAGAACUUUAAUCUGAAUCAUUGUGGUCAGCUAUCACCUAUGUGUAGGGGACAUUUCUUACAGAAUUUUUGUUUCUACGAAUGUUCACCAAAUGUAGGCCCAUGGCUUGUUAAGGUUAAUGGCAUGGAAUCAAGAAAAGAAAGAUUUUACAAAGUACCUUUGUGUGAAAGAGAGUGUAACUUAUGGUGGAAGGAUUGUCAACAUGAUAGUACUUGUGUGAAAAACUGGGAAACAGAUUUUGACCUGAGCAGUGGAACAAACACAUGUCCAGGUUACAGUUCCUGUAAAAACUUCACAGAGAUAUACACAGAUGCCACUGACUUCUGUGAGAACGUGUUUGACAGGUCGUGGAAGGUUGUGCAGAAUUCAUCGGAACCCUGUAUGGUGCUUAACUUUCAUGACACAAAUCCUAAUAAUAAUGUCGCCAAACAAAAAGCUCAGUCCAUAUACAGCAACAAAUCAAAUACUGUUAAGUUUGGAACAAUGUUAUAUUUGUUGGUUGUUAUUAUGAUAAUUAUACCAAAGAUAUAAAUAUUUUCAAAACAUUCCAAUAUUCCAGUCUUUCAAUUAGAAGUUCUUGUUUUUAUACAAUACAUAGGUUGUGCUGUUUUUAUAUAAAUAUUUUAUAAGAAUUGUAUUAAAUUUACUUUAAUUGUUAAAGCAUUUGUUAUGUUUUUAUUCAAACUUUUAUAAGAUAUACAGACAGACAGACUUAACCAUGGUAAUUUAUCUUGCUGUAGAAAGAUUUAUUUUUUGCUUUCAUGUAUAUACUUAUCCUGUGCAUCACUGAUAAUCAUAUUAACCUAGCUUUAAUAUCUAUUUUUCUAAUCAUUUAAUUAUAGACUGACUGAAGAAUCUCUAUGUACAUUAGAUGUAAGCUAUGGCGAUAAUUUUGGUUGAUUGAAAAUAAUGUAGGUCCGUAAAUAUCUAACUUUCAAGCUUCUUUUGUUGUUUCAAGGGAAAUGAUAUGUUCUGUUCAUAUGUAAUUGCUUAUGUCAUCAGAUUCACCACUUUUUCAAUUUGUGCAUUGUAUGCAUAUUUUAACUUGACCAUGUGGAAAAUUGUAUUUUUUUUUUUAUCCCCUUCUUUUGAAGUUUGCAAACAGUCUAGCUGUCUGAAAUUUGCCCUAUAUAACUGUAGUACUUUUGAAUACUGUUACAAAUGAUUUAAGGUGGUACCCAUCACCUUCACUUAAAGUAAUUUGGCUCGUUUAAUUUUCAAGAAAUUUUAACAAAGUAUAAACCUUGACCCUUUGACAAAAAUAUAAAAAUUUCAAAAAAAUUUGAACCAACUAAUUUAUCAGAAAAGUUACACAGGUUAUAAAGCAGUUUAACAAACUCUAAUUUUCAUCAUUUAGAAGCUUAAUAUUCCCUCAACAUUACAACAUGAUUAAAACCUUUAGUUGAUUUUACAGAGUUAUCUCCCUGUAGUGUUAGGUACCACCUUAAGAUUAAGAAAACACAAAUCUAAAAGAUAAAUCAAGAUUUCAUUUUACUUGAUUCUCAGUCAGAAUUUUAUUUAAGUAAUACAUAAUGAAUAUGAUCCAAUGAAAUAAUAAAAAAAAAUGUAUCUUUGAUUGGAAAUAUUUAAUUCUGUAAUUACCUGAAGAAUAUUGAUUUAUAUUUAAAAAAAAGUGUUUGUAUCUGAAUCAAUUUGUUAAAUGCAUAUUUAAGUAAACAUAUCAAAUUGUAUAUAUUACCAUUUUGUUAGUUAUAUUUUAUAUUUAAUAUGGUCUGUUUCUUAUUUUUAAAUUCCUUCUUUCAAUGACAUUCCAUACUUUUUUGUUAUGUAUACUUAUCACACUUUACUUUAUAUUGUACAUCAUGGUUCAGCAAAUCAAAAGUAGACUUUUUUUUAAAAUACUGUUUCUUUUUUUUUUAAUUUUAUAAUAAUCUUCCAAGGGUAUUUUUGAAAUUUGUUUAUUUAUUUUAUAUAACGAUAGUUGAUGUAUUGAAGAAAAUUUUUUGAAUUGCCUUGUUGUUAAUUUAUUAACAUUUUUAAAAAGAACUGAAUUAAUAUUUUUGGUUUUGGUCAGUCUAAUGGACUAUAAUCAUAAUAACUACUUAUAACAUUAACCUAUAGUAAAUGAGUCAAAGGUUUGGAUAUAGAAUUUUUAUGCCCCACCUAUGGUAGUAGAGGGGCAUUAUGUUUUCUAGUCUGUCCGUCCGUUCGUUCAGCUUUAGGCUAAAGUUUUUGGUCAAGGUAACUUGUGAUGAAGUUGAAGUCUAAUCAAAUUCAAAUGUAGUACACAUGUUCCCCUUUGUUAUGAUCUUUCUAAUUUUAAUGUCAAAUUAAAGUUUUGACCCCAAUUUUACGGUCCAAUGAACAUAGAAAAUGAUAGUGCAAAGUUCAGGUUAAAGUUUUUGUUCAUGGUAGUUUUCGAUGAAGUUGAAGUCCAUUCAACUUGAAACUUAGUACACUUCUUCCCCAUGAUAUGCUCUUUCUAAUUUAAAUGCUAAAUUUAAGUUUUGACCCCAAUUUUACGGUCCACUGAACAUGGGAAAUAAUAGUGUGAGUGGGGCAUCAGUGUACUAUGGACACAUUCCUGUUCUGAAUAGAAUAAUACAAAAACAAUGCAGUUAGUUUUAUAAUGACCAAACAUACUAAAACUUGUGUUUUCCUACUGUUUAAAGAAAAUUUGAACAUAUAUUUUUACAUUUUACAUUUAUCAAUUGUACAUAAAUUUAUUUUAAUCAAUAUAUU